AUGCCCUCUUGCAAACCAGGCACAGCCUCCCUCUCCCUCGGUCGCGCCUGGGAACACGCCCUCUUCACCAAACUCGCCGAAGCGUCCAAGGCCGGCUUCAAAGGAAUCGAAAUCUUCUACGAAGACCUCGGAUACCUCGCCUCCACCUACAACACCUCCGCCACGAACAAGGACUCCACCGGCUCGAACACGCCCGUUGCGGACGAGGAUCUGAUCCGCACGGCCGGGGAGGUAAGGAAUUGGUGUCUGGAGUUUGGGUUGCGGGUGAUUUGUCUGCAGCCGUUUAUGUUUUAUGAGGGGUUGGUGGAUCGGGGGGAACAUGCGAAGCGCAUCGAGAAGUUGAAGGUGUGGUUUCGCCUCGUGGAGAUUUUGGGCACGGAUCUCAUCCUCAUCCCCUCGAACUUCCUCCCCGCCGUGGACAUCACCUCCGACAUCGACGCCAUCGUCCGCGACAUGCUCGAAGUCGCAGACCUGGGAGCGCGGGAGAAUCCACCUGUGCGGUUCGCGUACGAGAAUCUCGCAUGGGGGACGUACAUAGAUACAUGGGAGCAAGUCUGGUCCAUCAUCCAGAAAGUCGACCGACCCAACUUCGGUUUCUGCCUCGACACCUUCAACAUCGUGGGGAGAAUCUGGGCGGAUCCCGCCGCGCCCUCGGGGAAGACUCCCUCGGCGGACGAAGACCUCGAUCAAAGCCUCGCCCGCCUGAAGGAGACGAUCGAUCCGCAAAAGAUCUUCUUCGCGCAGGUCGUAGAUGCGGAGAGGAUGGAGGAGCCUUUGGUCGAAGGCCAUCCGUGGUAUCAGGAGGAUCAGCCGGCGAGGAUGUCGUGGAGUCGGAAUGCGAGGUUGUUUGCUGGGGAGGAGGGUGGGUAUUUGCCGAUUUUGAGGGUCUUGGAUGUGUUGUUUAGAGAUCUCGAGUAUGAGGGUUGGGUGUCGAUGGAGUUGUUUUCGAGGGAUAUGGCGGAUCCGGACGCGGACGUGCCUGAAAGUCUGGCGAGGAGGGGGAUCGAGAGUUGGAGGUGGUUGAAUGAGAAGUAUAGGUUGGAGUAG